UUCCUGUAUAAAGGAAGGCUCGUCUGCAAACACCACUAGCCAGUCCCAGCUUCUUUUGACGGAGCAGCCGCCGCCGCCACCAAAGAAGCAGUAGCAGCAGUAGUAGCCGCAGCAGGAUUGUCAAAUUCGGGAGCCAGCUUUCUCCCUCCCCUCCCUGGCUAAUCCCUUCCGCUUCUCCGGAUCCUAGCUUGACAUCUCUGGACCCAGGAGCUGCAUGAGUGUGCGUGCAAAACAGCGGAAGAAUGGCAGUCCUCAAACUCACCGACCAGCCCCCACUGGUCCAAGCAAUCUUCAGUGGUGAUCCAGAAGAGAUACGAAUGUUGAUUUACAAAACAGAAGAUGUGAAUGCUCUGGAUGCUGAGAAACGGACUCCGCUUCAUGUUGCAGCUUUUCUUGGAGAUGCAGAAAUCAUUGAACUCCUAAUUCUCUCAGGGGCUCGUGUAAAUGCCAAGGACAACAUGUGGUUGACCCCACUCCACAGAGCUGUUGCCUCCCGGAGCGAAGAAGCUGUGCAAGUAUUAAUUAAGCACUCAGCUGAUGUCAAUGCUCGGGACAAGAACUGGCAGACUCCUCUCCAUGUAGCUGCUGCAAAUAAGGCUGUUAAGUGUGCAGAAGUCAUCAUCCCACUGCUAAGCAGCGUCAACGUCUCUGACAGAGGAGGGCGGACAGCCUUACACCAUGCGGCUCUGAAUGGCCAUGUGGAGAUGGUCAAUUUGCUUUUGGCUAAAGGAGCAAACAUCAAUGCAUUUGACAAGAAGGACAGGAGAGCUCUUCACUGGGCAGCAUAUAUGGGCCACCUGGAAGUGGUGGCCCUGCUUAUUAACCAUGGUGCCGAAGUCACAUGCAAGGACAAGAAAGGUUACACCCCACUGCAUGCUGCAGCCUCCAAUGGACAAGUAAAUGUGGUUAAACACCUGCUCAAUCUAGGGGUGGAGAUUGAUGAAAUCAAUGUCUAUGGAAAUACGGCACUUCACAUAGCCUGUUAUAAUGGACAAGAUGCUGUAGUCAAUGAGCUGAUUGAUUAUGGUGCCAAUGUGAACCAGCCUAAUACCAGUGGAUUCACCCCUCUGCACUUUGCUGCUGCCUCUACCCAUGGUGCUCUCUGUCUUGAACUGUUAGUGAACAAUGGGGCAGAUGUGAAUGUCCAGAGUAAGGAUGGAAAGAGUCCACUGCACAUGACAGCUGUCCAUGGAAGGUUCACACGAUCACAAACCCUCAUUCAGAACGGAGGCGAAAUUGAUUGUGUGGAUAAGGAUGGCAAUACCCCUCUCCAUGUGGCUGCAAGAUAUGGUCAUGAGCUUUUGAUUAACACCUUAAUAACCAGCGGAGCUGACACAGCUAAAUGCGGUAUCCACAGCAUGUUCCUACAUUUAGCAGCACUGAAUGCUCACUCUGACUGCUGCCGGAAGUUGUUAUCUUCAGGCUUUGAAAUAGACACACCAGAUAAAUUUGGAAGAACCUGCCUUCAUGCUGCUGCCGCAGGAGGUAAUGUGGAAUGUAUAAAACUCUUGCAGAGCAGUGGAGCAGAUUUCAGUAAGAAGGAUAAAUGUGGGAGGACGCCUUUGCACUAUGCAGCUGCGAAUUGUCAUUUCCACUGUAUUGAGACAUUAGUGAACACCGGGGCCAACAUUAACGAGACAGAUGACUGGGGACGAACGCCUUUACACUAUGCUGCAGCUUCAGACAUGGACAGAAAAAGAAAGAACAUUUUGGGGAACACUCAUGAAAACACAGAAGAACUUGAAAGAGCCAGUGAGCUAAAGGAAAAGGAAGCUGCCUCAUGCCUGGAAUUCCUACUUCAAAAUGAUGCAAACCCAUCAAUUCGGGAUAAAGAAGGUUACAACACCGUACAUUAUGCUGCAGCCUAUGGCCACAGGCAAUGUCUGGAAUUGAUUGGAAGCAAAAUUCCACUGGAUAUACUUUUGGAAAGAACCAACAACAGUUUUGAGGAAUCCGACUGCAAUGCCACGAAGAGCCCGCUGCACUUAGCUGCCUACAAUGGCCAUCAUCAAGCCUUGGAAGUACUUCUGCAAUCCCUUGUAGACCUGGAUAUCAGGGAUGAAAAAGGCCGAACAGCUCUGGACCUAGCUGCCUUUAAAGGACAUGCAGAAUGUGUGGAAGCGCUUAUCAAUCAAGGAGCGUCCAUCUUUGUGAAAGACAAUGUAACCAAAAGAACCCCACUUCAUGCCUCUGUCAUUAAUGGUCACACACUGUGUUUACGACUGUUACUAGAAAUUGCAGACAACCCAGAAAUUGUCGAUGUGACAGAUGCCAAAGGACAAACCCCACUGAUGCUGGCUGUUGCCUAUGGACAUAUUGAUGCUGUUUCUUUGUUACUUGAAAAAGAAGCAAAUGUAGAUGCUGUUGACCUCAUGGGAUGCACAGCUUUACACAGAGGGAUCAUGACCGGGCAUGAGGAAUGUGUCCAAAUGCUGUUGGAACAGGAAGUCUCCAUUCUGUGUAGGGAUUUCCGAGGAAGGACCCCCCUGCACUUCGCAGCAGCUCGCGGCCAUGCCACGUGGCUGAGUGAGUUAUUGCAGAUGGCACUUUCAGAGGAAGACUGCUGUUUCAAAGAUAACCAAGGUUACACUCCAUUGCACUGGGCUUGUUACAACGGGAAUGAAAACUGUAUAGAGGUACUUUUGGAACAAAAAUGUUUUCGCAAAUUUAAUGGUAAUCCCUUCACUCCAUUGCACUGUGCUGUAAUUAAUGACCAUGAAAAUUGUGCAUCACUGCUUAUUGGGGCCAUAGACCCCAGCAUUGUCCAUUGUAGAGAUGACAAGGGACGAACCCCACUUCAUGCUGCAGCGUUUGCUGAUCAUGUGGAAUGCUUACAGCUCCUUUUAAGCCACAAUGCACAAGUGAAUGCUGUAGAUAAUUCAGGGAAAACACCACUCAUGAUGGCAGCUGAGAAUGGGCAGGCAGGUGCUGUGGAUCUUUUGGUGAACAGUGCCAAGGCUGAUCUGACUGUAAAGGAUAAGGACUUGAACACACCCUUACAUUUGGCUUGUAGUAAAGGUCAUGAAAAAUGUGCCUUGUUAAUACUUGACAAGAUACAAGAACAGAGCCUUAUUAAUGCAACAAAUAAUACACUGCAAACACCUCUCCAUAUUGCUGCACGGAAUGGCCUAAAGAUGGUAGUUGAAGAGCUGCUGGCCAAGGGAGCUUGCGUCCUUGCUGUAGAUGAAAAUGGUCAUACCCCAGCCCUGGCUUGCGCUCCUAACAAGGACGUGGCUGACUGCCUGGCACUCAUUUUGGCUACCAUGAUGCCUUUUUCUCCUUCCAGUACAAUGACGGCUUUCAACUUCGUUUGUUUUAAAAAAGACCAUUUGAGCAGGACACAGAUCUGUGAUGGCACCAAUCUGAGUGGCACCGCUAGCUCUUGCACUCACAAUAUAGGAUCAGAGGACGGGUACAAUGAAAAUGAUUCUGAUUCGGAAACAUUUUGACUCUGGACUUCAGAAGCUUCCACUUAAUUACUUACGUUAAGUGGAGAAGGCGGGGCAGGAAGACUUUUUAUUCCCCAAAUUAUAUUGUGUCAGAGUGUCAUUAUGGAACCAAGCUUUGAGAAAAUAGGAGAAAAGGGUUUAGUAAAGUGUGCAAUGAGCCUAUAGGAAAGGACUUGGAGUUUUUGUUGGAAAACAUUCUCACGAAAUGUGCCCUGACUUUGAUUUCAUCAUGUUUUUUUUCUAUCUAAAGUACUGCUGUGAAAGUCUACCUCUCAUCUUAAGUAGGGAAUUUUUUAAAAAGGCAUUUUAUUAUUUCUUCUUUUGAAAUAAUGCAACAGAGUAAGGGGCUAUUAUAUCAAGGAUUUUUAUAUUGUGUCCUUGCUGUACAAUUAUCAGAAGCUUAUCAAUGUGGCUUUCUUGUACCAUGAGGGAGUUUGUCCUCAAAUUUCUCCUCACUCUGAUGUUUACUUCCUCAUUACAAGCCAAAGGUAAAGUUCACCUUCAGAGGUAUUGCCUGGAUUAUUGUUGCUAGAAGAGUUAACCACUCAUGUAUUCUCUCUGCCUCUCUAUCUUUGUUGAUAUGUCUCUGUCUGUUUUUCCUUUCCUGUCUCUGCCUGUUCAUAUACACAUACAUAUACCAACACACAUUAAGCACACAUGUCCAGAAGGCAUGUGCUAAGAAUCUUUGCUUAGUAGAUGAAUAUUGAUGUAAAAUUUGAUAUAAUUUUUAAAUUAUAAUAUAAACAUGACAUAUGCUAGAUUAUAUGAUAGAUCAUUAAUAAUUUUCACCUGAUCCACUCAACUCUGAUCCACCAUAGAAAGUUUAGUUCAUAAUUACAUAGUCCAUAAACUUUGUAGCAAUUUGCCAGUUUCAAGUGCAGUAGUUUGUUUUUUUUUUCACUGAUUCUUCUUCAAUUAAAUCAGAAUACUUCCUUUUUAAAAAAUAAAUUAACCACUAGGUUGUAAAAAAUAUUUUUUACACUAUAUUAGGAAGUUAAAUAGUCUCUUUGGUCAAGAGUAAUGCAAAGCAAGAAAUAAUGUAGGUCCCAAAGUGAACAUAGGCACAAAAUGGGGAAUAGCAAAAUGAGAUUUGGAAAGAAAAGCCAAUUAGCAUUGACUUGUUAAGUGGGAUCAACAUUAUGAAUACUGUAUCUGCUCCUUCUGCCAAAGCUUCUAGGUCAAAUGGACCCCGUUCCUCACCUGGGACAGAUGUACAAAAAGAAGAAUGAGACUCUGAAAAAAAUAUUUAUAUAUACAUAUAUAUAUAUAUGUAUAUAUAUCAUCAACCAGCUAUACACGAGGACCAAAAUGCUUCAGUGUCUAAAAUGGAAGAUAAAUUUUUUUUCCUUCAAAAUGGAAAUGAGAAAUGAUGUAGCUUUUCUAAAAAGUUAAAAUGUAUACUUUUUGAGUCUUGGUUGUAUUUUACAUUUCUUACGACACAGAUUUAUAGUUGAUGGCUUACCAUUUGUAACCAAUGAUGUGUUGACCACAAUUUAUUUUUUUGCCAAACCAGAGAAAAUGUUCAUAUAUACUUUUGAUGUAAAUGUGUUUAUAUUUAUUUGAUGUGAAGCAAAAGCCCAGGAAUUUUCUCCGUAGUUAUGUUUUAAUUGUUAUGUGUCUUAUCGGGCCUAUAAAGAAAAAAAAUAGCAGAAAAAAAAUUGACUCUGAGCUAGCCAGAAUGCCUGGGGUCCCUAUGCUCAGCAUAUCUAUUGUUAAGGUUUCCAGGCUAACCUCAGGUUCUUCCACAUCUUUUAGGAGGGGAUACAGAAUGCACAGUCAUUCCAUUGCUCAGAUCCCCUCUCACUGUAGCUUACAGGGCAUUGCUAUCUCUCAGUAAGGAAGGCUGAACUCCAGGUGGGUAUACUCUAGACACAGUCCUUGAGAGAAGAGAAUAGAAAUGGGUGUUGGUGUGUGUCAACAUGAUACAGACAUGAAAGGUUCAAAAGUGAUCCUACUAGCCACAAGAUUGCACAUAGUCCCAGUAAAAGGAUCCUAGCAGGAAAACUAUGACUUAGGCUGCUGACUCAUGGUCUGAGAGAAGUUAAAAUCACCAGUCCACAUGCUUAGUUUUCCACUUGAGCCAAGAAAAAGGGAAGAAAUACUUCUUGAGGGGCUGUACCUCUGACAUUUCUUUCUUUUUCUAGUUUAGUCCUGGAAAUUUCUAUUUUAUAAUAAUCACGAGCAUUUUUUAAAAACAGUGUUCAAUGAGAUCUAAGCAAACUAUAGAUACUAUAUUGUGUUUUUCAAUACCUGUAAAAUACCUUAAUCUUUUAGCAUCUUGGAGGAAUUAAAAAAUUGGAACUCACUUUACUCAUCACGAAUGAGAACUUGUUCCAAGGACUUGUAGAAUUGGUAUUGAUUUCAUUGGAAAAGUUCAAUGACACUUUUCUAGAACUCUGAGGAAAAGGGGAUGUUUUCUCCUUUCCCCCCCUUAACGUUAGUACUGUAUUCCUUUUUUGAGAAGAAUGAUUUUUUUAAAAAGUUGCUAACUAGCAAUAACUACCUUAUCUUUAUUAAAGCACUGAAAAUAAGGGGGAACCAGCUUUGAAGGAGAGCUGUAUACUGUGGUGUCUUUUUGUAGAAGUGACUGGAAAUCUCACUAAAAUGGUAUUUGUUUUGGAAUGAAAGGAAGUGGCCUUUUAAGCAGGAAAUGAAAUGUCUUCUUUUAGAGGACUAGUGUUGAAUUUUUCUGUAGAAGAGCAGAGAUAACAGGUAAUAUUGCAGCAAACCACAGUGAUUCAACCUUAUCACAGUGGAACUAUAGUUUACCUUUCUACUCUAUUACAUUGUAAGAGGACAAAGGAACAAAAUUGAAAUAUGCUUACCAGGAACUGACCAGUAAAUUUAUUUUUUCCUUUUCUUGAGUUGGUUUUGGUGACUACAAAAUUUGCUUUAUUUAGGACAUAAGGAAAGAUUGCAUUUAGUUUUUGUAUCUUCUAAGUCUAUUGCUAGAAAGAAAAUCAUAUUUUCAACAAGGCUCACUAAGAAAAAAGUGUUUUUUUAAAUAAAUUUUCAGAUUCCUACAUCAUGGUGUUUAUUGUUCUUGCUUAAAUACUUUUUUUAAGACUGUAUUUUAACCAGAGACACGGGGAUUUUUUGCAUUGCACGUAACUCUUCUUGUUCACCAGUGUCUGCCUAUCUUUGAUAAUACGUUACUAUCUCCAAAUUGCCUAAAACUUGUUCUGAUUCUACAGCAAAUAGCUCAGGGGAUUUCUAUUUAUCACUACUAAAAGGGCACCAUAGUAUGUUUGGUACUUUAUGCAGUAAACAGCUGCUUGAAUUGUUAUUUUAUUACUAAAUUAGAGCAAGAACAUCAAAUGAAUUGCUGCAGUAGUUAUUCUUUGUACUGUGGAGAAAAUUGGUUAGCUCUCUGUUGGUUUGGUUUAAGAACUUGCGUCUUUUCUGGUGUAAUAUGAAGUUAGAGUGCCUUUUUAUAUUUGUGUAUUCUGAAAAUGUUUUGUGAAAUUUAUUGUAUUUUUUCCAUUUGAGUGUUAUCAAAGCAAUAUAAUACCAGUCGGUUUUUAUUUCAAACUUUUUUUGAAUGUAUACAGUCUUUUUCCCCCAUUCCCUUUCACUUGCUUUGAAUUUUAAAUGAAUGUGCUAAAUUUCCAUAGGAAUGAUGUAUGAUUUUUUUUUUGCAGUGCUAAAAAUGCUUUCUUCAUACAGAAACUAUAAACCAUAGAUCAGUGUUAGAGGGAAAAAGCAUUUUAAAAUAGUGACAAUCUGAGCGUGUGUAUAAAAUGUAAUUCUAUGCUUUUCUUAUGCAGUGAUCUAAAUAUUCAAAGCCAAUAUCUUAUGUUUGGUAGUUUUGUCAACAUAUUUUAUGCUUUAGCAUGUGCAAUAUAUCUUUACAAAGCACGAUGAUACGAAUCUGGUGCCAGUGUUAUAUUUUGCAUAACAUAUUUGUAACGGCAGAAAUUAUUGGUUGAUGGUUUCAGUGGGGUUUUGUCUGUAAUGUUUUAUUAUGUAAAUUGGAAUUGAAUGACUUCGGUAAAUGUCAUAACUGUAAAAAUGAGGAAAAAAACUUAAUUCAUUGAAUGACUGAUCCAAUCUGAAUCUUUUCAAGCACAGUUUAAUAUCUUUUUCAACUACUGAAUGCUCUAUUAAUGUAAUGAAAUACGUAGCUGUAAACUAUUGAAAUGCAUUCAGAUGGUUAUUUUUACAAAUAAAAACGGUACAAAUAUUGUUGUGA